GUAUUUAUAUAGUUAGCGCCAGAGUUGAUUUCCGUCAGAGAAGAACAGCGCUGUUUCCUAUUGUCGUUUAUCCCAGCACCCGAAAACAUGGCUGAGCAAGAAGAAACUCAGAAGAAGAAGAGGACUUUUCGAAAGUUUACUUUUCGGGGAGUUGACCUCGAUCAACUUCUGGAUAUGCCAAAUGAGCAGCUCAUGGUUUUGAUGCAUGCACGUGCCAGAAGACGAUUCUCUCAUGGUCUGAAACGCAAGCCUAUGGCUCUCGUGAAGAAGCUGCGUAAGGCAAAGAAGGAGACACCACCAAAUGAAAAACCAGAAAUUGUUAAGACUCAUUUGCGUAACAUGAUCAUUGUCCCAGAAAUGGUUGGUUCUAUUGUUGGUGUUUAUAAUGGCAAAACGUUCAAUCAAGUAGAAAUCAAACCCGAAAUGAUCGGCCAUUACUUGGGCGAGUUUUCUGUCACCUAUAAACCUGUAAAACAUGGUAGACCUGGUAUUGGUGCUACUCACUCCUCAAGAUUUAUUCCACUUAAGUAAUUUGUAUUCUUAUGAAUAAAAUAUUUAAAAGCUAA